AUGGGGUUGAAUCUGCUUCUUUGGACUGGAUUAUGUCUUUCAUGGUUUUUUUCUUCAGCAACUGCAAGAGUAUCUCAAACUAAUUACGCAACAUUUCUUAUUCUGGGACAGCAAUCACAUUUUGAUAACUUGAAGUCAUUAGGUGUUAAGCAAUCAAUCAUCGAACAAUCCGAAAGACUUGAAAAGAGUAUUCAAGUAUUCAUACCUCAUUUGGAGUUCUCUGAUGUUGUAGGUUUCUGGACAGUGUGGACACUUUUUAGUAGAAUUUUUUCACUCGGAUCUUCUGAAUGGUAUAUCUUCCUUGAGUCGGACUCUCAUUUGAAUGCAGAAGUACUGUUUGACUUUCUGCAAAAUUUUGAUCCUGAGGAGAAGCAUUUCCUUGGAAAUGGGCUGUACGAUGAAGGACCCGUUAUUAUUCAUCAUUUCCACGGGUACGACGAACCCGACAACAAGAAAUUUUUGUUUCCCGAAUUUGCUUGCGGCUUCGCAUUAUCUAGAGGAUUACUUGCAAACUUAACAAAAGUCUUGGCCUCAUCUAAGGGACCUGUUGCAAGUUUAUUCUCUAUCGAUGCCAAACAUGAGCUUGCAUUACUCAUCUACGAACAGACCGCUACUGAGUUAUCGUCGUUCCCAAAUUUCUUCUGCUUAGACAGAAAGGACGGUUGUGCCAUAUUUUAUGAACAAGUAUCCUGCGUUCCUGCUUCUUCGCCUUUUUUGGAAGAUAUAACUUUUGCUGUCAAAACUUUUAGUGGGAACCAUGACGUUCGCUUGCCUAUCAUUAAAAACACCUGGGGUGCGUCCUUACCUUCCAUUAAAUUCUUCAGUGAUGUGGCAGAUGAGGAUAUUCCCACGAUCAAUUCUGGGAUACCUAACACGGAAAGAGGACACUGUGGGAAAACAUUUGCAAUUCUGAAGUACUUCGUUGACACAUUGGAUAAGAACCUAACGGCACCGAAUGCUUCUUGGCUUCUCCUAGCCGAUGAUGACACGUUGCUUAGCAUUCCGAGACUUUUACACCUACUAGCAUGUUACAGUAACAAUGAAAAUGUAAUCUUAGGUGAAAGGUACGGCUACGGUUUUACCUACACGGGUCGCAAUGGUUAUGACUAUCCGACUGGUGGAUCUGGCAUGGUUUUUUCUCCGUUAGCAACAAGGGCUAUCGUUUCCGGCUGUGAGUGCCCAACCGAUGACUCUCCUGAUGAUAUGAUUAUUGGUGUAUGUGCUCGCAGAUCCGGUGUGGUCAUACUUCACAGUGCAGCUUUUCAUCAAGCUAGACAUAUUGAUUAUCCAAAGCCUUAUCUCCGAAGGGUUCCUCCGAUAUCAUUCCACAAGUUUGACGAUAUUGAUCCGUACCACGUUUACAGGGAUUAUCUUCAAGAAUCUGACGCAUUUAUUGCGAGAGGAAAACAAGAACUUUGA